AUGCACGAACAACCAACAUGCUCCCGAAAACAUCAAUGCCAGACUUGUGGACGACUGUUCGAUCUCGAGGGGAGUCUUGUCCUGCAUGUAGACAGAAUGCAUAGUGGUGCUCGAUCGUACCCCUGCACAUGGCCCGACUGUGGGAAAACGUUUGCUUCAUCUGAACAUCUUCGCAAACAUCUGAGAAAUAUCCACCAACCAGCAAAACUGAAAUGCUCCCGGUGUGGAUCCGUCUAUUCUAGUAGCUCAGCACUUCGGCGACACGAACGGAUACACUCGAAUAGAAGGAGAUACAUCUGUGCACGAUGUGGAGCUGGUUUCGACUUAAGUGAGCCGUAUAAGAUUCAUCUACGACAACAUGAUGGGAUUCAACCUUAUACUUGUUCCAUAUGCUUGAGGAAGUUUACGUCAAGAGCAGUAUGUCGGAGGCAUCGAGCUGGUCACGAUAAACAUUCGUAA